AUGGGUUCUUCGUCUUCAAAAGUCGCCAAAGGCGCAGCGCGAAAGUAUCCCGCUCGAGCUCCUGGAGCUGCAGUCCCACAAGCAGUAGCACGUCAACCAAGGGCAGAGGCACCAAAACCAAAGUCAAAAACCCUGGGAAACAGCGCAAAAGACGAAGCUGUUCGCGCCGAUGCUAUGGACCCCGAUUUCCCAACCGGCGACUUCUCACGCCGUCUACACCAGAUGGGAAUCGCUGACUCGAACCCUACAUAUUCUCCCUCGUCUACAGCCGCGACCCCCCUCGGACCUUCAGCCCCCCCGGGACCUAGUUUUGCACCGAGUCGAAGCAACCCAACCCUCGUAGCGCUCUCAGCUCGAGAUCGACUACAAGACGAAGCGGAGGAAGAUUUCGCGAGCAUGGGACGUGAGGGCCGACGAUUCCUCGAUAUGAGGACGUUGGUGGAUGCUAUGAAGUUCCGCGAUCGAGGUAUACCAGAGAAGGAGAUCGAGUCGAGAUUAAGGAUACAACCUGGGCUCUUGAGCAAACUUGGACAGGAGAAGACCUUUUCGCAUGUGACGAGUCCGAACUGA